AUGGACGAUCAUGCAUUAAAACCUCUCGAACGUGAAAUACGAGAAUUUUAUGAACGCCUAGGAAUGAAAAUCCACCAGAGAAACAUUCCAUUAUUAUUGGUGAACCAGCAAGAGAUGAAGAAAGACAAAGCCCGAUGCCAAAAGAACACUGUGGAAGGAGAGGAUCAUAUUCUAGUCGCCCACUCAAGAGAUCUAACCAUAAGAGUUUGGAAAGGUUUCCCGAGAUUGUUCACAGGGCAAACCCUCGCUCAUGAGAUGAUGCAUGCCUGGCUCACACUUGAAGGUUAUCACGAUUUAGAUCUCGUGGUCGAAGAAGGCCUUUGUGAAAUUUUGGCUCACAUGUGGUUGGAUUCUCACAUACGGUCCAUGUCCAAGAGUAAAAUGGCACUAUCUCCAGGGUUUGACUUCCAAAAACGGCUUGCCAAGUUUCUUCAGCAUGACAUCGAAUCGAAUCCUGAUACUGUUUAUGGCGAUGGGUUUCGAAAGAUGAAAAGGGCGACGGACAUGUAUGGCCUUAAAGGCACACUCGACUACAUACGUAUGACAGGAAGCUAUCCUUGAUGAUCUAUAUGCUCUUAUAAAGAAAUUUUUCUUGUUUAUACAUGGUCUGUCUAAUGACUGAUUAUGAGUUUGGCUCAGU